UUUUACAAUUUACCUACAUUGUUAAAUCGUUAGAGUAUAGUGUUCUGUUAUUUAUAAAUAUAAAAUGAAUUUCUUUCUUUAUUAUAAUACAAUAUAAAUUCAAAACUAAUCCUAUAUGUUCAAGUGCAGUGCAACGGUUAAGACAUUAUGUAUUACCUAUAUUAUGAAAUCAGUGCCAGUUGUGCUCUAAAUAGUUAGUUGAUCGUUGUUGGUUAUUGCGAAUGGUAGCAGUAUCAUCUAAGUAUCUCUUUUAACUGUGUGAUGUGGCCCAAAAAUAUCACGCGAAUAGUUUGUAGAGGACAUAAAUGGCUGUAUUAUCGAAACUACAGCAAUUCUUCGGAUAAUGCUGAUUUUCUUUGCGAGCACUUACAAAUUACUAAAGAUAAAGCCAAGUUUAUUCAAAUAAAGCAACCUUACAUACAAAAAUUAACUGAAGCCGAUAUAAUCAGUUCAGUUAGAGCUAUCAGUGAAAUAGGUUUUCCAAGAGAAGUUUUAUUUGAACACCCUUCCUUGUUUCACAUGCAACCAAUAACAAUGAAAAAUAGGCACAAUGUUCUCGUGGAAUGUGGAUUUGAAAGGAUAACAGGAGAACUCUUACUGUCUUAUCUAACCAUUAUGAAGCAGAAGACAUUAAAAGAAUUGAGAAAUAUGGGCUUAUUACCAGCUCUCCUUAAUAUAGAAAAUAAAUUAGCAAGCUAUAUGACACAGUGGCCCACAUCACUUACAACUCUUAUUCAAGGUGAUUCUAACUUAACUACCUUAUAUAAUUUGAGGCUUAAAAUAAUACAAAGGUAUUUGGAACUUAUGCUUGAUCUGACUGAAGAUGAAUUUUAUAGAGGCAUAAAAACAUACCCUACAAUAAAACAUAGGCCCCUUAGAUCUAUUAAUGAAACACUCCGAAUAUUACAAUCAUAUAUUUCUUUGCCAAAUGAGAAAAUUAAAUCUAAUUUGUAUCUUAUUCACGCAGAUCCAGAAAACUUGAAUAAUAUAUUGUAUAAGUUAAGAUCUAUAGGAGGCAUGGAUAUUAGGGAGGUCAUUAGAAUGUAUCCCAAAAUAGCAACAAAGAACUGUACAACCUUACUGGAAAUUAAAAGGCUCUUGGAUAAACAUGGAGUUACCGCUGAGGCACAAACGAGAUGUUUUCAAAUAUACACAUUAAGUGAAAAAACUAUUGAUAAAAGAUUAAAAGAUGCUCAGUCAUUGCCUGAACUGAGUGUCUAUAGGGAACAUCCAAGGUUUUUAAAAAUGAUUCACUAUAACACAAGAGUCUUGAAAAGAAUGAGAAAUGUAAAAACAAAUAAUAAGAGAUGUCUGAGUUUGAAUGUUUUAUCUGGUAGUUCAGCCCGUUAUGAGACAUUUGAAAAAACACCAGGUGACAGGUUAGGUAAAGGAAAAGAUCUGGUCUUCUCUAUAAGUCAAGCACUUGGUAAAAACUACAGAAUGAGUGAAAUACAUAAAACUAUUAAAAAACAUCCAUUUUGGAUGAACAUACCGCUUGUUGAAGUGAAGUAUGUCUGUGAUAAAUUAAAACAGACAUAUUCUAUACAGGAUAUAUUUGAAAACUGUUCAAUAGUGCUCUAUCCAUGGGAUAAAAUUAGAGAAGCCAUCAGAACUAUUGAGGAAAACAAGGAUGGAAAAAUAUAUCCUGUGACAAGCAAUUUCAAUUUGAAGAAAAUUAGCAAAUCUCAAAAGCUAAGUUUGGCUCUGUAUACAAUAGAGAAAACCCAUUACUUUUCUGGAAAUGGAGUAUGGACAGAUGAAAAAAAUAAAAAUAUUGUAAAUCUUUCAGACAUUAAAUUAUUUAAGCAGAUGGCUUAUCAAUAGAUGUGGAUAAGAAUAGCUGGCUUAGCUGAGCAUAUUGUAUUAUAAAGAAGUGUUUGUUGUAUUUUUGUAGAUAAUAAAUGUAAGGACUGAAGCUUU